AUGGAGACGCAUUUCGGAGGAUAUGCUGACAGUGAAGGCAGAAUCUACUUGUAUGAGAGCCGCUGAGUUAACGUGUGCUGCCGAGAUAUCCCGAUUACAUCUUCCAUACGAAUUAAGCGAGAGGAAACGUUUCCAACAGUACAGAGAUACGGUUGCCUCAAAAGCGUUGUCUGGUAAUGGUAACAACAACAGUACCACAUCAAAAUUAUCCGGUGCUGCAAAUCAUAACAGCAGCAGUAAAAUAUCUGGAAGUUCAGCUGCUCAUUCGCAGUCGAAGAACGUUGCACCGCAUUCCCAAUCAAAAAUGUCACAGCAUAUAGUUGGAGGUGGUGCCGCCAGGUUGAGUAUAUCA